CUUUGGGCGAAAGUAAACAACCCUGGAAUUCGUUUCCUUCUGACAAUACUGGAUUUUUCUUCGAGAAAACUUCGUUCAUAAACUCUUUGAGAUUUGUUAAACAAUUUUUAAGAUUCUUCGAACAUGUCUUGACAUGGAAAAGUCGAAAAUUAGAUUUUAGAAGAGAGAAAGCAGUGAAUACUAAUCAUAACCUCAAUUGAAAAGUAAACACAAUGUCUAAAACCGCGAAGACUAGUUUGAAAAUAAUUUCUGGAGCCGUUCCCUGCGACAGAAGUGAACUCGACCUCGGGAUCACCCUCAAGGGUGGGCAAAGCUUCAGAUGGAAAGAAACCCCAGAUAAAAAAUACCGCGGGGUCCUCGCCUCGUCCAUAUGGACACUGCAUCAGGACACGUCCAAGAUCCUGUUCACCGUGCAUACCCGCACCCUGAAGACCCCCUCAGCCUGUCAGAAGCAUUUAGAAAACUAUUUCCGCCUGGAGCUCUCACUGAAAGAGCACCUGGCCCUCUGGUCCUCCUCAGACCCCCACUUCUCAAAAUUCUCGUCCCAGGUGAAAGGCGUCAGGAUUCUCGACCAGAGUCCUACCGAGAACGUCUUCUCCUUUAUCUGCAGUGCCAACAAUCACAUAACGAGAAUAACAAAGAUGAUCGAUCGAAUGUGCGAGAAUUAUGGAGAAAAAAUUGGAGAAGUCGAUGGAGAAAUCCACUUUGACUUUCCUGAAAUCGAAAAAUUAUCCCAUGAGGAUGUCACCCAGGUUCUCCUGAAGGAGGGCUUUGGCUAUCGGGCGAAAUACAUCAACAAUUCGGCGAAAAAAUUAUUGGAGCUGGGGGGAAACAAGUGGCUGGAGAGCCUUCACAAGAAUUCUGGAAUUUCUUAUGAAGAAGCUAGGGAAAAGCUGAUGGUUCUCCCCGGGGUGGGACGCAAGGUGGCCGAUUGCAUAUGCCUGAUGUCCCUGGGACACCUGGAGGCCAUCCCCGUGGACACACACAUUUACCAGGUCGCAAAGGAAACGUAUCUCCAGGGAUUGAAGAAAUUUUCAGCGAGUUCAGGGGUUUAUGGGGAGAUCAACACCUUCUUCAGGAAGACCUGGGGGCCCAUGGCUGGGUGGGCACAGGCAGUCGUCUUCUGCACUAGGAUCAAGGAGAACAGGAAGGGACGCGGGGGCAUGGAGGGAGGGGGAAAGAGAGCCAGGAAGAGCUGAUUUUUGAAAAUGUAGAACAAGAACAAUCCGAUUAUAAUUUUAAAAAUCAAUAAUUCUAUUGAAUGACAACUCUCGUUUAAUAAAAAAUUAGAUUUUAUAUGCCAGCGCUGUUCUCGGAGCAUAAAAUCAGUAUUUUACAAUUGUUUAAGAAAUUUGGAGUAAAGUAGGAUUUUCUAAAAAUUAA